GGCAGUUUAGCCAAUGAGUCUUUUCGGGCUCGUGGCUCUGGAUCGAUGUCUACUUAUGACACGGCAUGGGUCUCCAUGGUAUCGAAGGAUGUUGACGGGGUUAGACAUUGGCUGUUUCUAGAAGCCUUCCAGCACAUAGUCGAUGCUCAGGUUCAAGAUGGCUCCUGAGAAUCUUAUUCGUCGCGAGUAGAUGGAAUUUUGAACACCAUGGCGGCUCUGUUGGCUUUUGUAUCUCAUCAAACUACCAAUAAUUUCUCCUACUCCAUUUUACCGCCUAACAUUGGUUCCCGAAUAAUCAAAGCACAAGAUAGUCAAUUGAAGACUUGGAAUGUCAGAUCCUGUGUUCAUGUUGGAUUCUAGAUUCUUGUCCCUGCGAUCUUACGAAUGCUAGAGUAACAUAACAUCGUCUGUGAACUUCCUGAUUGUCUCUACGCUUCUAAAAGCAGGUUAUAGCCCAGAAGAGUUAGGGGAGUACAAUCUUAGCGUAUUGGUGGACCACCUCCAGCAAGAACUAAGUCACAGACAAGGAGUUAUUGGUUUUUCCUCUUCAUUACUUGCUGAUGCUGAUGACACUGCAAAAUGUAUUCUUACACUGUGCUUGGUCGGAAGAUUAGUCUCGGCAGAACAAAUGAUAGCGAUAUUUGAAGUCAAAACCCAUUUUCAGAAAUACGCGCUUGAGGGAAGUGGAAGCAUCAGUGCAAACUGUAAUGUACUUAAUGCUUUGUUACAUAUCAAUGAGCCCAACAAAUACACCGGGUAGACCCUCAGCCCAACCGAGUUUUUAUGCAAUUCAUGGUCGGCUGGAAAGAUCAAUGAUGAAUGGGUAUACAUGUUUAUUAACUUGUCAUGUUAAACGUAUGUUGUCUUUGUGCUAACAAACUGGAUAAGAAUCUCUCUCUGCAGUAUUCGAUGAUGCUCUUAGCCCAAACAUUCAAAAAACUUGUGAUAGUCUGGGACAAUGGAGCACCACCAGACUUUCCAGAAGAACAGUUGAAAGACAAGAUUCCUGUAAUUUUAUUACAGAUUCUACAUCGCACAUUGCAUGCCCAAAAUAACAAUGGUUUUUGGGGUACUUUGAUCCCGUGCGAGAUAACUGCGUAUGGCAUCUUGACUUUAAUUGAUGCGACUUUCUUUCCCUGGGCCAGAGAGCAUGAUAAGCAAGUGCUUAGAGCCAUACGUACAGGUCAAAGUUAUCUGAACCAACACCGAGGUAGUUGGGAUAAGAUUACUUAUACCUGGGUUGAAAAAGUCAGUUACGGAUCAAGCGUUUUGUCCAGAACAUAUUGUGUGGCAGCGACCCAUGCAGCCAAAAACUAUCCUACAAACUCAGUACAAUGGAAACCACUUCACAAUAUCCUCGACAUUCCCAUCGAUAGGUUCGCAAAUUUUGCCAAGCUUUUCUCUGCGAUUCCUCCCUUCGCGAGUGAGGGCUCAUGGAAGCUCACUGCCCCUAUUAUGGAAGGGUAUCUCUUUCUUCCACGACUACGUCGAAUUCGCUUGGGCAUCUUCCCUCGCAGAAACAUGGCAGACGAUAAGUAUCUGCAGUAUAUUCCUUCCACAUGGACUGGUUGUAACAAUAAAGGGAUAUUCUUUGAGAUCAACCUAAUUUGGGAUAUGAUGGUCAUCUCAAUGUUAAAUUACCAGGCAGACGAAUUCAUGGAGGCUGUACUUGGACACCAUGGCUCUGCGAAACAUUUAAUCCGGGGUCUGUUUUCCAAAACAACUCUUCAAAAUGAUCCUUUAUCGAGUCAGGAGAGUUCUUUGCUAGAUCGUGGCGUCAUAACACCAGUAAGCUCCGACGAUGAUUUACCAGAUGAUUCCACAAAUCAUGAAAAAGACACUUUCAUCCGCUUCAAGGAGUACAUUAUAAACCAUCCUUCCAUUCAGAAAGCUUCAGAUAUAUCUUUAGCUCACCCCAGUGAGCAAUUGGAAGCCUUUUUACUCGCCCAUCUCACCCAUUCAACCGACAAUUCUCGCUUCGCGCAACUUUCAGGACAUGAUAGCGACUUCCCCGUCACAUUCCCAGCAUCGAGAAACUACUGGGAUUGGGUGCGCAGUAUUUCUGCCGUCCAUACAUCAUGUCCCUAUUCAUGGGACUGGGUAUCGUGUCGAAUGACAUCAGAGCGAGGAGACGAACCAUUUCCAACCGCGCUCACAAAGUAUCUUUCUGCAGAGCUGGGUCAGCAUCUAGCAGUGAUGUGUCGCAUGUAUAAUAGUUAUGGCUCGUUGGCGCGCGACAAGGCGGAAGGAAACCUUAACAGCAUGGAUUUCCCCGAGUUUGAAGACUGCGGCGUAAUUCCAAUGUCUUCUGACGCCACGGAAAAGCAGACUUCGGCAGAACUGCAAGAGAGGAGAGGCGCGUUGAUGGAAAUGGCAGAGUAUGGGCGUGAAUGUCUCCUCAUCGUUAAAGCGAGAUUGAGACCUUUGCUUGAUGAGCGGUUAAGAGGUGUAUUGGAUGUCUUCGUCAAUGUAACGGAUUUGUAUGGGCAAAUCUAUAUUGCUAGAGAUAUUGCUAGUAGGAUGGUGUAGACAUUUUUCUUUUCUGAGGGUUUGAUUGUUGGUUUGUUAUGACAUUCUUUCUCCAAUUCGUUGUGUACUCUGUUGCUCUCAUUAGUAAAUCACUCGUUGUCGUUCAGAUAUCUGUUAGACUUCUACUCUCUCCAAGCAACAUACCGAAAUAAAGACUGAAGAAAAUUCAAGCACAAAACCAGAAUUAGCAUCUCCACACGUACAUACAAUACAGUAACAGUAAUUUUCGCCAUCGAUAACACUAGCAAGGCCUAUGACCACCUAUAUUAACACGUAAAACUGCCUCGCACUCUCUUACAAAGUGUGCUCGAACUCAAACACACAUCUCGCACUUCAUUCCACAGCAAGAUCCAGACCGGGAAGAUGCAAAUAUCACAACCUAUUAGGUAAAAGAGAGUACUCUGAUACCUAUAUCCGAUGGAUACAUAUAAUACCAUCCCAUUAUAUCUCAUUUCAUUCCAUCUCAUUCAAUCUCAUCCCAUCUGUCAAUCAAAAAUCCAACACUAUGUUAUACUAUUCUAUGUCAUAUCAUAUCAUAUCAAAUAAUAUCAAUCUCUCACUCACAGAUUCACAGAUUCAUAUAAAAACACCAACAUCACCAUCCAGAAUCUACUCUUCAAAUCCACAAUCUAGUUUCACAUCUUUCUCUCUCUCUCCCUCCCCCCCCCCCUCUCUCUAUCAAUCCAUCCAAAUAUCUUAUUAAUAUACCUACCUACUUAAAUAUUUUACAAAACAUAUCUCUUUUUAUUCUA